CUGGCUGUGGUAAAAGGUUUCAGAUGCAUGGAGCCAUGUCUGAAUGGAGGAACAUGUGAGCUCAACACCAAUGGACAGCCAGGUUGCAGGUGUCCUGCAGACUUUGCAGGGUCCCAGUGUCAGUUCCCGAGCCCAUGCAGCCCAUCGCCAUGCCGCAACGGAGGUGUGUGCCGCCCGCGCACACAGGGCAACGACGUGGAGUUCACCUGUGACUGUGUUUUGGGUUUUAGCGGGCCGCUGUGUCUCACGCCGGUCAAUCACGCCUGCAUGAGCUCGCCAUGCCGCAACGGCGGAUCCUGUUCACUCCUCACACUCAGCACCUACGGUUGCCGCUGCCCACCCGGCUGGACAGGUAAAACGUGCCAGCAGGCCGACCCGUGUGCGUCGAACCCCUGUGGCAACGGCGGCCGAUGCUCAGCGUUCGAUUCUCACUUCAUCUGCACGUGCCCUCCCAGUUUCCACGGGCCAACAUGUCGCCUGGACGUCAACGAGUGCGCGGUCACCCCCUCGCCCUGCCAAAACGGCGGCGCGUGCAUCAACGAGGUGGGCUCAUACCGCUGCCGCUGCUCACCCGAGUACGCCGGCGCGCACUGCGAGCGCCCGUUCCGGCCCUGCCAGCCGUCACCCUGUGCCAACGGAGGCACGUGCACACAGACCAGCGACACUAGCUACACCUGCACCUGCCUGCCAGGCUUUACCGGCCCAGAUUGUGAGCAUAACAUCGAUGACUGCGUUCAGCAUUCAUGUGAGAACGGAGGCAAGUGUAUGGACGGAGUGAACACCUACAACUGCCACUGUGACAAGCACUGGACAGGUCAGUAUUGCACGGAGGACGUGGACGAGUGCGAGCUCUCACCGAACGCCUGCCAGAAUGGUGGCACGUGCCACAACACGGUCGGUGGCUUCCACUGCGUGUGCGUGAACGGCUGGACCGGCGAUGACUGCAGCGAGAACAUCGACGACUGCGCCAGCGCAGCCUGCUACCACGGAGCCACGUGUCACGACCGCGUCGCUUCCUUUUACUGCGAGUGCCCGCACGGACGCACCGGAUUGUUGUGUCACUUGGACGAUGCCUGUAUCAGCAACCCAUGUCAGAAAGGCUCCAACUGUGACACCAACCCUGUGAACGGCAAGGCCAUCUGCACCUGCCCGCCCGGCUACACUGGCUCUGCCUGCAACCAGGACAUUGAUGAGUGCUCACUCGGGGCCAAUCCAUGUGAGCACGGUGGCCGGUGCCUAAACACCAUGGGUUCAUUUCAGUGCAAGUGCCUUCAAGGAUACGAGGGGCCGCGUUGCGAAAUGGACGUGAACGAGUGCAAGUCCAACCCAUGCCAGAACGAUGCCACCUGCCUUGACCAGAUUGGUGGAUUCCACUGCAUCUGUAUGCCAGGGUACGAGGGUAUGUUUUGCCAGAUCAACGCAGACGACUGUGCCUCCCAGCCUUGUCUUAACAAUGGCAAAUGCAUCGACAAGAUCAAUUCCUUUCACUGCGAGUGUCCCAAAGGAUUCUCUGGCAGUCUGUGUCAAGUGGAUGUGGAUGAGUGCGCAAGCACACCGUGUAAAAAUGGAGCCAAGUGCACUGACGGUCCAAACAAAUACACCUGCGAGUGCAGAGAAGGUUUUACAGGCUCACUGUGCGAAAUCGAUAUAAACGAGUGUGCCUCAAACCCGUGCCAUUAUGGCGUGUGUAAGGAUGGCCUGGCCUCGUUCACAUGUGUGUGCCGGACCGGUUACACUGGCCGACUCUGCGAGAUCAACAUCAACGAGUGUUUGAGUCAGCCAUGCCGUAACGGGGGUACCUGUCUGGAUCGGGAGAACUCGUACACCUGCGGCUGUCCUAAAGGAACCACAGGUCGAAACUGUGAGAUCGACGUGGACGACUGCAAGAGUAAACCAUGCGACUUCGGCAAGUGCAUCGACAAGCUCAAUGGCUACGAGUGCAAGUGCGAGCCUGGAUACACGGGACAAACAUGCAACGUUAACAUCGAUGACUGCGCCCUCAGCCCGUGCCGUAAUGGCGGCACCUGUGUGGACGGCGUAAACUCAUUCACUUGCCUCUGCCCAGAGGGCUUCCACGAUGCCACCUGCCUCUCGCAGCGAGACGAGUGUGCCAGCAACCCCUGCAUCCACGGCAGCUGCCAGGACCAGGCCAACUCGUAUGUCUGUGUGUGUGAGCCGGGCUGGACGGGCCGCAACUGCGAUCUAAACGUGAACGAGUGCUUGUCCAACCCCUGCGUGAAUGGAGGAACUUGUAGAGAUAUGACCAAUGGCUACAUCUGCAGCUGCAGAGCAGGAUUCACCGGUCCUAAUUGCCAAACUAACAUCAACGAGUGUGCGUCCAACCCCUGCCUGAACCAGGGCACCUGUAUCGAUGAUGUUGCGGGAUACAAGUGCAACUGCUUGCUGCCUUACACUGGUGAGUUGUGCGAGACCGUUCUGGCUCCCUGCUCCACACGUCCAUGCAAGAACAGAGGCGUGUGUCACGAGUCUGACGACUAUCGGAGCUUCUCCUGUGCCUGCCCACCUGGAUGGCAAGGUCAGUCGUGUGAGGUAGACAUUAACGAGUGUGUGAAGUCUCCGUGCCGCAAUGGCGGCGUGUGUGUAAACUCCAUGGGCGGCUUUCAGUGCCGCUGUAACCCAGGAUUCACCGGAGACCUCUGUGAAACCGACACCGACGACUGCACUCCUAACCCCUGCAGCAAUGGUGGGGUGUGUGUUGACCGCGUGAACGGCUUCACGUGCGUCUGUGUGGCCGGAUUCCGCGGUGAACGAUGCACAGAGGACAUCGACGAGUGCGUAAGCGCCCCCUGCCGCAAUGGUGGGAACUGCACGGACUGCGUCAACAGCUACACCUGCAGCUGCCCAGCUGGCUUCAACGGCAUCAACUGUGAGGUUAACACACCCGACUGCACUGAGAGCUCCUGCUUCAAUGGUGGGACGUGUGUGGAUGGGAUCAACUCCUUUUCAUGUCUGUGUCUGCCGGGCUUUACUGGCAGCUACUGCCAGCAUGAUGUGAAUGAGUGCGACUCGAGGCCGUGCGUCAAUGGCGGAACAUGCCAGGAUGGCUAUGGUACCUACAAGUGCACCUGCCCACAUGGCUACACGGGCACCAACUGCCAGAGCUUGGUGCGCUGGUGCGAUUCAUCCCCGUGUAAGAAUGGAGGCUCAUGUUGGCAACAGGGCUCCUCUUUUACAUGCCAGUGUGCCAGCGGCUGGACGGGCAUCUAUUGUGACGUUCCCAGUGUCAGCUGUGAGGUUGCAGCUCAGCAGCAAGGUGUCUCGGUGGCAGCUCUGUGCCGCAACGGCGGGCAGUGUGUGGACGCGGGGAGCACUCACUUGUGCCGCUGCCAGGCAGGCUACACCGGCAGUUACUGCCAGGAGCAGGUGGACGAAUGUGUGCCAAACCCGUGCCACAAUGGUGCAACCUGUACUGAUUACCUCGGUGGAUACACCUGUGAGUGUGUUGCUGGCUUCCAUGGCGUGAACUGCAGCAAGGAGAUUAACGAAUGUGCGUCUCAGCCGUGUCAGAAUGGAGGUACCUGCAUUGACCUCGUCAACAGCUACAAGUGCUCCUGUCCUCGAGGAACGCAGGGAGUCCACUGCGAGAUCGAUGUGGACGACUGCUCUCCAGACGUGGACCCCGAGACCGGUGAGGCUCGCUGCUUUAACGGUGGACGCUGUGUGGACAAGGUGGGCGGAUACGGGUGCGUGUGCCCCCCAGGCUAUGUUGGCGAGAGGUGCGAGGGGGAUGUGAACGAGUGCCUGUCUGAUCCCUGCGACCCCAACGGAUCCUACAACUGUGUCCAGCUGGUCAACAGCUACCGCUGCGAAUGCCGCACAGGUUAUACAGGCCAGCGCUGUGACACUGUGUUUGAUGGCUGCAAAGACAAACCCUGCAAAAACGGUGGAACCUGUGCUGUCGCCAGCAACACAAAACAUGGAUUCAUCUGCAAAUGCCCUCCUGGUUUCUCGGGCUCGUCCUGCGAAUACGACUCGAGUGCGUGCGGCCCACUACGCUGCCGCCACGGAGCCACCUGCAUGCCGGGCCGCCCCACCCCUCGCUGUCUGUGCCCGCCGGGCUUCAGUGGCCGUGAGUGUCAGACGCGUCUCGACUCUCCGUGCACCUCCAGCCCCUGCUACAACGGCGGCACGUGCCAGUCGUCCGCGGAGGCGCCGUUCUUCCGUUGUCUGUGCCCGCCACAUUUCAACGGCCUUCUCUGCCACAUUUUGGACUACUCGUUCACUGGGGGACAGGGCCUGGACAUCACCCCGCCACCGUCUGACUCUGAUGAGGCGGUGCCUCACUGCGAGGUGGCACAGUGCGAGCGCCGAGGCGGCGACGGAGUGUGUGACGCAGCUUGUAACAACCAUGAGUGUGGCUGGGAUGGUGGAGACUGCUCACUCAAUUUUGAUGACCCCUGGCAUGAGUGCAGUGCCGCCCUGCAGUGCUGGAGGUACUUCAACGAUGGCAAAUGUGACCCGCAGUGCCAAAGUGCCGGCUGCCUGUACGAUGGCUUUGACUGCCACCAGCUGGAAGGCCAGUGCAACCCCUUGUAUGAUCAGUACUGUAAGGACCACUACUCAGAUAGACACUGUGAUCAGGGCUGUAACAGUGCAGAGUGCGGUUGGGACGGUCUGGACUGUGCCGAGGACGUACCGCAAAGGCUUGCCGCCGGCACCUUGGUGCUCGUGGUACAUGUCGCGCCAACCGAACUCCUAAACAGUUCCUCCUCCUUCGUGCGGCAGCUCGGCGCACUACUGCGCACCAACGUGGCCAUCAGGCGCGAUCCCACCACCGGCGAGCCCCUCAUCUUUCCCUACUACGGCAACGAACACGAGCUGAGCAAGCACACGCGUGCCGCCCAGGAGUGGAACGCGAACCCGACUCAACUUCUGCAGCGGGCCACCAGGAGCCUGUCGGCGCUUCUCGAGCCACGUCUACGACGAGAACUGGACCAGACGGAGAUCAAGGGCUCUAUCGUGUAUCUGGAGAUCGAUAACAGGCAGUGUUACCAGCAAUCUGAUGAGUGUUUCCAGAGUGCGACGGACGUAGCGGCGUUCCUCGGAGCGCUGGCCUCCAGCGGCAAUCUCGACGUUCCUUACAUCAUAGAAGCCGUAACAAGUGAAAAUGAAUCCCCCGGCAGAGGUGAAAUGUACCCCAUGUUUCUGGCCCUGCUGGCCCUGGCCGUGCUGGUGCUGGCUGCUGUUGGAGUACUGAUGUCACGCAAGAGGAAGCGUGAGCAUGGCCAGUUGUGGUUCCCAGAAGGCUUUCAAGUGACCGAAACCAAGAAGAAACGCAGAGAGCCUGUGGGAGAGGACUCGGUCGGACUCAAGCCUUUGAAGAACUCUGAUAGCACUCUGAUGGACGAGCAGCUAAAUGAGUGGGCAGAGGAAGAGCAUGCUAAACGCUUUAAGUUUGAGGACCACUGCACACCGGACAUAGGUAUCCCACCAGACCCUCGCCAGUGGACCCAGCAGCAUCUGGAUGCGGCCGACCUGCGCUUGACCUCGAUCGCUCCUACGCCACCACGGGGCGACACGGACACCGACUGCGUAGACGUCAACGUCCUCGGUCCCGAUGGCAUGACACCUCUGAUGAUCGCCUCCUGUAGUGGUGAAACUGGCGAACUAGAAGAAGGAGAAGAAGGCGUGAUCGCCAACUUCCUUUGGCACGGCGCUGACCCACAUCAGCGAACCGAGCGCGCCGGCGAGACCGCGCUGCAUCUGGCCGCCCGGUACGCCCGCUCCGAUGCCGCUAAACGCCUUCUAGAGUCUGGCGCAGAUGCCAACGCGCAGGACCACGCCGGACGCACACCGCUGCAUUCUGCUGUGGCUGCCGACGCACAAGGAGUCUUCCAGAUCCUGAUACGAAACAGAGCGACAGAUCUGGACGCUCGCAUGAACGAUGGCACGACACCGCUCAUCCUGGCCACACGCCUAGCAGUGGAGGGCAUGGUAGAGGAGCUUAUCAACUGCCAUGCUGACUCCAACGCAAUCGAUGACUCCGGCAAGUCCGCUCUCCAUUGGGCUGCUGCUGUCAAUAAUGUGGAUGCUGCUGUAGUGCUUCUAAAGACUGGAGCCAAUAAGGACCUGCAGAAUAACAAGGAGGAGACCCCCCUAUUCUUGGCAGCCCGCGAGGGCAGCUACGAGACGGCAAAGCUUCUCCUCGAUCACCUGGCCAACCGAGACAUCACGAAUCACCUGGACCAGCUGCCACGCGACAUCGCCACCGAGCGCAUGCAUCACGACAUCGUGCGUCUCCUGGAAGAAUACAACCUGGUCCAGACUGCUUCCGCUCUCACACACUCGCCCCCAAUUUGCUCCCCGGAUGCUUUUCUGGGCAUCAGGACUAGCCCGGGUGCCAAUAACUGCACCAAUAACACUAACAAUGCUAAGAAACCUCGCAAACCUGGAGGAAAAGAGGGAGGAAAGGAGAUGAAGAUUAAGAAGAAGAAGAAUGCAGAGCAGGGUAUUUUCUCUCCUGCGGAUUCUGAAGUGUCGUCCCCACCCAUGAUGACCUCACCAUUCCAACAAUCCUCGCCCAUAGCGCACCACCUGCAGGGAUUGACUGAUUCCCAAAUUGGCGGGGCUCAUUUGGGGAUCGGCAAGCCGUUUGACGCCGCUCCACCUCGCUUGUCUCAUCUUCCGAUGGCCAAUGCCGCCCAAACCGGGGCGUGUGAUUGGCUGGCCAGGGUGCAACAACAGCAGCGAGGGGGAUUCCCUGCCGUGAUUUCUACCAUGCAUCACAGCGCCAGCCUGCCGCAAGUCAUGGGCUAUCCCACGAUGCAGAGCAGCCACCUGGGCACACCGGCUCACCUGUUAUCCAACCACCUGCAGCACCAGAACUCGAGCUCCAUUCUCGCGCACCAUUUCCUGGGCGACCUAACUGGCACGGAGCUCCAGUCUGGACACGCCCCGAUCCAAACCGUGCUGCCGCAGGAGACGCAACGUCUGGCUUCGGUUAUGUCCAGCACCCAGUUUCUGACCCCUCCCUCUCAGCAUAGCUACUCCAAUCCCAUGGACAACACAACAAAUCACCAAGGACAGCUCCCCGAUCACCCAUUCCUCACGCCGUCGCCUGGCUCUCCUGACCAGUGGUCCAGCUGCUCGCCACAUUCCAACCUGUCCGAUUGGUCCGAGGGAAUCUCCAGCCCGCCUACCAACAUUCAAAUGAAUCGCAUCCCUGAAGCUUUUAAGUAAUAAUGAGGGAAACAAACUACUGCCAAGACUACUAUUAUCUACACUGGUUUUACUUUUUAUUAAGCUUUUUUAUUUAUUUAAGUGUUUGGACUACAUGUAUAAAAUAUCUUUUUAUUUAUGCGUCUUUAUUUCUAUUUUAUUACCAGGCUGCUCAGAAAACUGCUGUCUGCUGAGCGAAACUGUGUUAAAAUGCUUUUUUAUAUUUUGUCCUUCUGUUUUGAGAUUCAGCAUGAAUUAGACUUGAUGUGGUCCUUUUUAACCAAGAUUUCCACUUUUUGAUAAACAUUUUUAUAAACUGUACAGUCUUAUAGUGUGAGGACACAGAUUUUUGAAUGUUAAAACACUGGAGGUUUAUUUGAACUUACUGCCUGACUGAUGAUGUUACAGAGCUAAAUGAUUGUAAUUUUAAAGGAAUAAUACAUUUCUCUUGCAACACAACUUGUUGCAUGUACAGGUUGGCUUAAAAUGUUGCGUGACGUCAGUGAUGUAUUCCCACAGGAUCAGAAUUCAUGUCAUGGGAAGCUUUACGUAUGUAGCAUAAUGAUUUAUUUAUUUUUUAGUAGACCUGACCUGGCAUAACGGCCAUAACCGAAAAUCAUAGUUAGAAUUUAUUUUAAUUAUAUUAAAUUGCAGAUUGACACAGGGCUGGUUGCAAGAAGCUGUGAGGACACGCUAGACUAAAUACUAGUCCUGUAGAAAGAGAUUUGUAUGUAUGAACAUUUAUAAGAUUAAGAAUGUACACCGCCGUGUAUGUGUGUUGCACUGUGACGACAUCGACCACGCUCGUGUGGAGCGACGGGUCGGUGGCUGAACCGUUGAGUUUUAUAAACGCUGAUCAAACGUUUUACUGUUAAAGAAAUAAUGAUAUAUGCAUUUGUAGUCUGUGCCAGAAAAAAAUGCUCAAUGAUUUGUAAAAUAUUUUUUCUUGUAACAAUAAAAAUGACU